AUGGCAGCGACACGCGGCAAGGGAUGUCUAAGGAAACUGCCAACCGGCCUCGGGCUGCCCCUACUGGCGAAGCAGAGGAGAACGCGGGGAGGUAAACAGAGUCAGGAUGAGAAGUACGUCGUCCCUACCGGCACUCGUCCCAGCAGCAGUAUCAAGAGCAUCCGCUAUACCACAUACGCCACCCUGGUGCAUACCCCUAACGCCUUGAUACUACUAUGCCUAAACAAGCUAGAACUGGACCUCUCUCCUGACCCUGCUGCUGUCUAG